AUGCCUUCUCUUUUAUUCUUUCCUCGAUCACUUUUAAAGGUCACAAAAAGUAAUAUUGCACGAAGUUUCCUUUGGUUCAAUUCUACUAAAUACGCCUAUUUGCAUUUCCCGCUUAGAAAUAGAGCUCUACAGCACCAGAACUAUCUCACGAUGGCGACUACCAUGCAGAAAGCGAAUCGAUUGAAAGUGGCAUUUGAUGAGGGGAAGGGACCGAGUAUGGGAUGUUGGCAGAUGAUUCCUGGAAGUAAUGUCUCGAGAACCCUUGCGAGCACGGGUGUUGACUGGGUGCUUGUUGAUUGUGAACAUGGAAAUAUGGAUGAUGCCGCCAUGCACGAAGCCGUUCCAGCAAUCGCAGCCUGUGGAGUAAGUCCAAUUGUGCGAAUCCCAGACAACCAAGGCUUCAUGGUAAAGCGCGCUCUCGACUCCGGUGCACACGGCAUCCUAGUGCCUCUCCUCUACACCGUAGAAGAUGCAGAGAAGCUCGUCACCAGCUCCAAAUUCCCACCCGUCGGCCAGCGCGGUUUCGGCUCUCCCUUCCCCCACUCUCGCUUCUCAUCCUCUCUUACUUCAACAGACUACUUACAGCAAUCUAAUGAUGCUACGCUCGUCAUGGUUCAAAUCGAGACAAAAGAAGCCCUUCUUGCCGUUGACGCCAUCGCCGCAGUGCCUGGUAUUGAUGUACUAUUCAUCGGACCUUUCGAUCUGGGCAACAAUAUCGGGCAUCCGAUCGUGAAUGGCGUUAUGCAUGAGAACUUGCAUGAGGCUAUCAGGAAGAUUCUGGAGGCGGCGAAAAAGGCUGGGAAGAAGGCGGGUAUUUUCUGUACUAGUGGAGAGCAGAGUAAAGGCUAUGCGGAUAUGGGGUUUGAUAUGAUUAGUGUGGCGACGGAUGUGUUGAUUUUGCAGGCGAGUGUUACAGCAUCUUUGUAUACGGCGAAGGGACUAGGUGCGGCGCCGAAGUUGACGGGCCCUUACGGGAAGUGA